CAACAAUCAAAAUGUUUUCAUACCAAAGGAAGGCUCACUAUCCCAUGGCUUGGGCCUUUUACACUGUGAAAUAAAAAUUUUCGACCAUCUGCUUCAUAUUGCUUAUAAACAAGAAGUGAAAGUAUGGGAUGUCACCAAAAACAUAAAAGAGUCUGUUGAUUUGUACGCUAGUCAAGUGAGAGAUAGAUUAUAUAAUGCUUUUAAAAUCAGAGUGGAUCAAGUAAUACAAGGCAAAGGGACAUCCAACAAUGGAAAUCUUGCCCGAAAAUUCCUUGAUAGACCCAAAGACUUUGCCAACGCUUUAGAUAUUGACGAGGAGUUAGUUUGCAAUCUCGCUACUAUCACUAAAGUUUAUAGAAGUGCGUUGGAGAUUGAAGUAGAGGAGCUUAAAAAGUUUAGUGAUUUUACUUAUAAACUCCACUAUAUAAAAUAUCCAUGGGCUCGCAUGAACCCUUCCAUGCAUAAAAUUUUACAACAUGGUCCUGAUAUUAGAGACAAUUCGGGAACAUUCUAG